UAGCCUUGUGGCUGUAUGUAGGUUGAACAAUCAUUUACUCCUCUCUUAAAUCUACGAAUCUGAGCGACCAAAAUACCUAAAAAUUCAAUUCCCAUUUUUUUUUUUUCAUAUUUUUCUGUGGAUACAGUCGCCGGACCUGUGAUUUUCUUCUCUGUCUCUCUCUCUCUCUCUUCCUUGUUUACCAUCACCGGAUCAUUUGCACCGGUUUCUGAUCUACCAGCUCAGCUGCUCUACUCGAUUCCGGGCUUUCAUUCAUAGAUUUCAGCGCGUGAAAGUUAGGUUUGUGGCGGCUUAGUUGACCGACGAUCUCUCAGAAGUUCUGUUUGUUUAUGUGAUAUAGCCCGGGCUUGAGGCUCGGGCUUCCGAAAAACAUGGCUUCAGAAAACGACCUUCAUGCUUGGAUCAGAGAGAUGCCUAAACUUGAAAAUGCUUAUCUACAAAAAUUCAGACUUUACGAGUCUCGCUCGAACUUUUAUAUGGUUGGACGCAGUAAGAACAGAUCAGUGUGGAAGGUAUUAAAGAUCGACAGGUCAGAAGCUUCUGAGCUAAAUAUUAUGGAAGAUCCUACAAUGUACACAGAAACUGAAUGUAGUGAAUUGCUAAAGCGUAUCCAUGAAGGAAAUAAGUGCACAGGGGGGCUUAAAUUUGUUACUGCCUGUUAUGGCAUUGUUGGCUUUAUAAAGUUUUUGGGACCUUAUUACAUGCUGCUCAUUACAAAAAGAAGGAAGAUUGGUGUAAUUUGUGGUCAUGCAAUAUACGCGAUUACCAAGAGCGAGAUCUUAGCAAUUCCCAAUUCUACUAUUGCAUCCAAUAUGGAUUAUUCUAAGAAUGAAAACAGAUACAAGAAGCUCCUCUGCUCGGUGGAUCUUACAAAGGACUUCUUUUUCAGCUACUCCUACAAUGUCAUGCAUAGUCUUCAAAAAAACUUGUCUAGUCAUGAAACAGGCCAAGAUGCUAAUGAAACAAUGUUUGUCUGGAAUGAGUUUUUGACUACUGCAAUUCACAAUCAGGUCAACAAUAACCUUUGGACUGUUGCACUAGUUCAUGGCUUCUUUAAGCAGGUCAAACUUUUAUUAUCCGAAAAAGAAUUCAAGUUGACCCUCAUUGCUAGACGAUCUCGCCACUAUGCUGGAACCAGAUACUUGAAAAGAGGGGUAAAUGAGAAGGGUUGUGUUGCUAAUGAUGUUGAAACAGAACAAAUAGUGUUUGAAGAUGUUCCAGAAGGUUUUCCUGUGCAAAUAAGUUCUAUUGUCCAAAAUCGGGGCUCAAUACCCCUCUUUUGGUCACAGGAAACUUCACGUUUAAAUAUGAAGCCUGAUAUUGUCUUGUCAAAGAAGGACCAUAAUUAUGAAGCCACCAGACUCCACUUCCAGAAUCUUUAUAAGAGAUACGGGAAUCCAAUUAUUAUAUUGAAUUUAGUUAAGACCAGAGAAAAGAAACCCAGGGAAUCCAUCUUGCGUGUGGAAUUCGCUAAUGCCAUAGAGUCAAUCAAUAGAAGUUUACCUGACGAACGUCGCUUGAAGUUUCUUCACUGGGAUCUAAACAAAUAUUCCCGAAAAUCUACAAACGUGCUGGCACUUUUGGGCAAAGUGGCUACUUAUGCAUUGAACCUAACUGGCUUCUUCUAUUGUCAAGUAACCUCAAAUUCAAAAUCCCAAGAAUCAUUAAAUCAAGAUGAAAGUGAUGUUCAUAAUGUAUGUAGUCAAGACAACAGUGACUCCAGUAACAAAUUUAGUGUGAAGCCUCCUAAAUAUCAGACAGGUGUCCUGAGAACAAAUUGUAUAGAUUGUUUGGAUCGAACAAAUGUAGCCCAAUUUGCAUAUGGUUGGGCUGCACUUGGGCAUCAACUGCAUGCUUUAGGAUACAUAGAUGCCCCAUUCAUUGAGCUGGAUUCCCCUCUAGCAGAUGAUUUGAUGGGGGUUUAUGAAAGAAUGGGUGACACCCUUGCACUACAAUAUGGUGGAUCUGCUGCUCACAAUAAGAUAUUUAGUCAAAGAAGAGGUCAAUGGAAAGCAGCAAGUCAGUCCCAGGAAUUUUUCAGAACUCUACAACGUUACUAUAGUAAUGCAUACAUGGAUGCAGAAAAACAGGACGCCAUUAAUGUGUUCUUGGGUCACUAUCAGCCACAAGUUGGUAAACCUGCAUUAUGGGAAUUGGAUUCCGACCAGCAUUUCGAUGUUGGAAGCCGUGGUUCUAACUUUUAUGAGGAGAAUACAAGGGCACUAUUUCAAAGGUCUUUGUCAGAUGGGAACAUUCUAGUUGAUGACAGCUCAGCGAUUGAAAAUGGAGGGAAGAAUGAAGAAUCUGAGCAUUUGUAUCCUGAAGAAACAGAAGAUAGUGGUAGGAAAGGCCUAUCGGAAUCAUCACCUGAAAUUUCAACUUGUGAUAGUGACUCGUCUUACCCGAGGUAUACGCCGUCGAUGUCUCGUAGGCAGAUUCUUGUAGAUGCUCAUUCUGAAGAUUAUCCGAAUAGUGACCGGAUAUUCUACAAUAAACGUUUGGAUUCUUUCAACUGUUCUAAUUUUCUUGAUGUGGAUUGGAUUUCCUCAUCCGGGAAUUCAUGUGAAGAUGAACAAUAUGAAAGGUCUAUGCUCAUAGGCUCUCCUGUUGCUGGUCAAUCAUCAUCUGAGAAUGUGGUGAAGGGAAUGAGUGAUUCUGAAUCGUGUCUGCAUGUCAAGGGAGAAGAGCAAAAGGAUGGAAAUGCGAGUGAGUACACUGAUGGAUUUGUGAAAUGGGUGAUGCAUGGAGGAUUGUUUUUCAAUUGACCAGUUUUGGCUGUUUUGCCCUGAAAAAUAAAAAAUAAAAAAUAAAAA